CUCAACCGAGUUUCGGUCGUGUGUACUGAAGCCUUAAACUUAAGGUCAAAUCAGUUAUCAUGGAUUGAAUUCCUGGUAUACAGUAGCAGUUUUGAUUGUGAUGGCUUCUGAUAGCGAUUUCGGAGACUCUGAUGACGAUGAGAUCUUAAAAGCAUUGACAAACCACCGGUUGCAGACCCAACAACAGCCCUCGACGCUUCCCACCCGUCUGGAAACAGCUACCCCGAUAUCAUAUCAAAACCUUCCAAUACCCAGGCAUCAACAGGGGAAUAACGUCCAGGUAUCGGCUUCGAGGACAAACAAAAGAGACGGUGCAGGGAGGGAGUCGAGCCAAAGAGGAGAUCCAAGCGAUUUACAAGGAAAGCUUUACAAGGCAGAUGGAGAAGUUGCAAUUCUUCGUGCUAGGUUAGAUCAGUUACAGAAGCAGAAACAGGAUGAAAUCAAGAAGCUUAGGGACUCUUUGGAGUAUGCAAAACAUCAAAAUGAGGAGCAAUUGAGUAAUCUAAGGUACACGGUGGAGAAACUAGAGGACGAAAAGAAGUUUUUAAAUAAUGAAAUAAGAAGUGCAUCUGCAUUUAAAAAGAGGAAGUUGGUGCAGCCUACAGACCAUGCUCCGAUGGAAAUCGAUCAACCGGAAGGGUUGGGUACUCAAGAUGGAUCCAGUGAAGUUCCAGACUCUUCAUUAUCCUAUAGUUCAACUCCGGUUAAUCCUCAACCGUCAGCACACCCAAGGAUCAUACAGAAGGUUUUAAAAGUUCAAAGUGAUUCGUUUUUAUUGACUGAUCAUAUAUGGACAUAUUGCAUUAAUGGAUCAUCAAGAACAACUUUGGAAUUUCUCAGUAAGAUUUGUGUACAAAAUGAUAUUGAAAUCGAUUAUGAUUUUAAGAUAAUCGCAAAUAAACCACUAUCAGAAUGUAUAAUUGAAUAUUUGAUGAUAAAAAAGAAUCUUAGACUAGAUGAGUUAUUAUUUCAAUUCAAUCAAAGACUUUGUCAAUUGAUUUGGAACUUACUUGAAAAUGAAAAUAAAUUACCCAUUCCUUUCUUAUUAUCACUUAUCCAUGCAUCAAUUACUUUUAAGAAAUCUGCAGUUAACGAGUUAUGUAUUAAGAAUUUAACGAUUGAAAUGAUUAAAAUUAGCGAAAGUUUUUUAUUUUUAUUAGAUUCAAGUCAAGAUGAAGAAGAUUUUAUUAAUUAUCAUGAUACAUCAUAUCAAAACUUAAUGUUGGAAAAUUUCAUAUUAAUAAGUUGUUAUGAUAUAAUAGAGGUGCUAUUAUGUCUUGCACCCGGGAUUGAUUUGAAACUAACUAAGCAACUUUGGAGUAAUGAAGUAUUUUCAUUCAAAUUACUUUCGAAAAUAUUACCUGAAAAUACUGAAAGGUUUAGAUCAACCGGUCAAAUCAAUUUAAUUUUCAAUAUAGUUGAAAUAUUAAUGUCUUCGAUUAAUUCCGAGUCAUUUGCAUUUGAUGAUCAAAGGAAAAACGACACUAUUAUACGAUCUUUAUUAAAAGUUUUUUUAAUUGAUGUUCCAAUCAAGGAAGAUUUUAUGUUUCAUGGAUUGAAUAGAAGUAUAGGAAAUAAUUAUGAUUUAGGGAAACUCAAUUUUAUUGUACCGAUUCAGGAAACCGUAUUGCAGCGAUCAAUAAUAUCAAUCCCAUGUCCAAUCAAUAAGAAGAGUUUGAAGAAUGAAGAAAUCUUUGAAAUAGAGUCACAUCAUGAAAUUCAUUUGUUAACAUUAAAAAUUAGAAUAGUAAGAUUAUUAGAAUUAUUGAUAAUGUCAUAUUCAUCAACUGAAUUUUUAAAUCUGAAAGAAAAUGUUAAAUCAAUAGUAAGAGCCAUUGGAUUUGAACAAAAUUAUAUAAUGAGAUCUCCAAGAUCAAAAUAUGUUUCAUAUCGAAUUGAAAUAGUAUCAAAUUUAAUAAGAAUAUUAUAUUAUAUGAUUGAAGAGCUGGAAAAUAUUAAUAGUAUUGUUUUCCCAGAAACGAUAUACGAAAUUUUUGUUAUAUUGAUGAGAAUUGCAUUUGGAUCCGAUUCCUUAUCAAUGGAAGCACAAGAUCUAUUAACUACUAUAAGAGGUAAAAAGAUUCUUGAUAAAGGUAUUUUCAAUAAAUGGUGUGAAUUUAAAAGUCGAGAAAUAAAUCAUUUAAAUUAUAAUAAUUUAGAGUUGCAAAAAAAGAAACAAUUUGAAAUCUAUAGUCAAGUUGAAAGUGAUUUUGCAAAUGGAUUAGAAUUUCCAUAUGAACAAGAAACAAUUGAAUUAUCUAGAGAAAUAUUAAGUAUUUGUGUUAAUCAUGAAGAAGCUGAUAAUCUCUAUUUUAAUAUGAAUUAUGAAGAUCCAUCUUUUAAUAAUGCAGAAAAUCAAUCCGAUUUACAUAAUCGAGAUGAAGAUACCAAUAUUAAUCAUGAAAUGAGAGUAUACGGUUUGUAA